AUGCCCGAGGCCGGCUACAUUUCACAACGGGCACUGUCCAACCUUGCGCCAUCGACGGGGCCAGACCUGCAUGCCGUGCGCGCGCACUGCUUCUACAACCAGUACGACCCGACGAGCAACCCAGGAGGCAUCGUAGCGCUCGCCAUCGCCGAGAACAAGCUCAUGCGCGACGAGAUCUGCGUGCACGUCAACGCCCACAUGGCCAUCACGCCCUGGCACUUGACCUACGGCCACGGUCCGACGGGGGCCAUCGAGCUACGUAGGGCGCUCGCCUCGUUCGUGCGCGACGUCUUCAGGCCGAGCAUGCCGAUUGACGAGAAGAACGUCUGCAUAUGUCUGGGCGCGGGCAAUGCCGUGGAUAACCUAUCUUUCUGUCUCGCGGAUCCUGGCCAGGGAAUCUUGGUCGGGAGGCCGCUUUAUGUGGGUUUCUUCCCGGACAUUGAGGCCAGGGCGAAAGUCAAGCCCGUCCUUGUGCCCUUCGGUGCAGAUACGGAUCCCACCUCGGCCGCGGCGGUACCCUUCUACGAAGCGGCCUUGCACCGAUCCAAUGCCUCGGGGGUGCCAAUUAGGGCGAUCCUCCUCUCUAACCCGCACAACCCGCUCGGGAGACCAUACGAGAAGGGCUUUCUCAUCGCUAUCAUGCGUCUCUGCUCGAAGUACAACAUCCACCUGAUCUCCGACGAAGUCUAUGCACGCUCGAACUUCCCCAGCACCGAUCUCCCCAAUCCGCCUCCUUUCGUGUCGGUCCUUUCGUUUAACCUGGACGAGUACAUCGAUGCGUCUCUGGUCCAUGUGAUAUAUGCAAUGAGCAAGGACUUUUGCGCCAAUGGGAUCCGCAUUGGUGCUUUGAUUUCACCCUCCAAUGGCAAAGUGAUGAAAUCUUUCCGCGCCGUGGCCAGUUUCAGCCGUGCGUCGCAGCUCGCGGAGCAUGCAUGGCUGAAUUUACUCAACGAUCGGCCCUUUCUGGAUACCUAUUUUUCGCUCCUUCAACAGAGGAUGACAGAUGCUUAUGAAUUCACCACGUCGUUUCUGAAACAGCACGCUAUUCCAUAUAACAAGGCCAGCGUGACGAGUUUCAUUUGGGUCGAUCUGAGUAGCUAUCUCGGGGAGGAUAGUGUCGAGGGAGAGCUAGAGUUGAAUUGGAAAAUGGCCCAUGGUGGUGUGUGGUUGGCUAUGGGAGCGAGUUUUGCCAGCGAAAAGAAUGGGAAUUUUAGAAUUACCUUUGCGACGCCGAGAGAGGAACUGAAGAUGGGACUGGAAAGGUUAAUUAAGGUUUUGAAGGACGUUGAAGAAGAGAUGAAAAGGUAA